AUGGAAAUAUUUGAUCUCUUUGGAGAGAAUAUUAUUAUUGAAUAAUAAAAUGAAAAGAACAAAUAAUUGAGAUCAGAAAAGUAAUAAAUAAAGAAUGAACUUCAUAAACAGAAAGUAGUUUAGAUAAAAAAAGAGAAAAAAAAUAAAACAAUAAAAAUAUGAGUUAAUAUAAACUCUAGAAACCUAAGAAUAAAAAAAUGAAUAUGUACAUUCAUUUAAAGGUUUACGAAAUUAAAAAAGAGAGAAUGGAAUAAAAUCACUUUAGAGUCCAUUUAAGAUAAUUAUUGAUUGUGGUUUUGAGGAAAACAUGUCAGAUAAAGAAUAGAGAUCACUUGCAAGAUAGAUUUCUGAACUUUAUACUGAAAAUAGAAAAAUUGAUGGGCCUCUAAAAAUAUAUGUGACAAACAUCUAUCCUAUCUUACAUAAAUAUUUAGAGCAAUAUCAUUAUAAAUAAUGGUCAUUGAUAUCUGAUGAAAGACUUUUUACAGAAAUAGAAGAAUUAUAAUUAGCAAACAUUGUCUAUUUAAGUCCUGAUAGUGAAGAAGAAUUAUUGGAAAUUAAAGAAGAUGAAAUUUAUGUAAUAGGAGGUUUGGUUGAUAAGUAUUUAACAAUAUCCUAUAUUUUAGAGUUAUAAUAAAAAAUGCGACAUUGAAUCGAAGUAGAUAAUUAGGAGUAAGAAGUGCUAAAUUACCUAUUGGAUAAUAUAUAAAAAAGAAUUACAAAAAAUGUUUAAAUGUAAGUACUGCUGCUUUAAUGAUUACAGGAUGGUUAAAGUAUAAAGAUUGGAGUAAAGCUUUUGAUAGUGUUGUACCAUAAAAAUUCAAAGAUUAGGAAGCUGAAAUGUAAUGA